GCGGCUCUUCACUUUUUUGUGACUUUUGAUAUCAAUAGGCUUAUCAGUUCCUUUUCACCUGGAAUUGGCCUUCGGAUUGAGCAUAUCGCGCCAACAGCUCUUCGGCCAACCACCAAGGUUCGCGCCCCCUAGACUAGGCCGACGACUGUCAACAUCACCGUCGCACUACAGUCAACACGAUGCGCUUGUUGGCGGGCAUUGUCGCCCUCGGCGGCGUCGCUGAGGCUGCCCAGUACCUUGUCAAUGAUCUCAGUUUCGGAUUUGGCACAAGGAUAAACCCCGAUGGCCGCAACACCAUUCCACAUUACUCCAUGCAGGGCAAUCCCAAUGUGCCCGAAUUGCUCUCCAACAAGGUCAUUCUGACCCCUCCCGCGCCCGGUAACCAGCGCGGUGCUGUCUGGGCCGACAAGCCGCUCGAGUACACAGCCUGGACGACAGACAUCGACUUCCGCGUCAAUGGCCCCGAACGAGGCAGCGGCCUCCUCAACAUCUGGCUUGCCAAGGAUGGCGCCCGCAACAUCGGAUCGCAGAGCAUCUAUACGGUCGGCAAGUUCGAGGGUCUAGUGCUCGUUGUCAACCAGCACGGCGGAUCGGCUGGCAUGAUCAGGGGUUUCCUCAACGACGGCACUCUCGACUACAGCAUGCGCACCAACGUCGACAACCUCGCUUUCGGCCACUGCUGGUUCGCCUACCGCAACUUGGGCCGCCCUUCGCAAAUCAAGCUGCGCCAUAACUCGCAGAACUUCAAGGUUGAAGUCGACGGCCGCCUGUGCUUCGAGAGCGACAAGAUCCACAUCCCCACCGGCUACAACUUUGGUCUUUCCGCCGCCUCGGCCGAGACCCCCGACUCGUUCGAAGUCUUCAAGGUCGUCGUUUUGUCCGAGGACGACAUUGGUGCCGUUCCCAACCAGCAACAGCAACAGCAGCAACAACAACAGCAGCAACAACAACAGCAGCAGCAGCAACAGCAGUACCAACAGCAACCCGGCGAGAACCAGAAGCCCCUCGGCGGCACGACGCACGACGAAAACGGCCAGAAGCGGCCCUACAUGAGCUUCGGCCGGUCCGGCCAGGCCGCCAUCCCGGACCCGUACGACAACGCGAUCCCGGACGUCGAGGCCAACAGCAUCACAGCGUCCAAGGCGCAGUUCGAGGACCUGCACACGCGCAUCCAGUCCAUGAACCACCACCUGUCGUCCAUCUUCCGGUCCGUGGCCCAGUACGGCGGCAUCGCCGACCAAAACCACCAGGAAGUGUCCGUUAUGCUGGGCGAGAUGAAGGGCCUCCUGACCAAGCUGGACCGGUUCGCCAGCGUCGAGAACAAGCUCGAGAACCUGGAGCGCGAGGUGCGCAGCAUGCGCUCCGAGCUGACGGCCCGCCUCAAGGAGAGCGAGCACAGCAUCAAGUACCAUGUUACCGAUAAGCAUGAGGAUUUGGCGGGUCAUGUGGUCAAGCAUGCCGCGCCGGGCCAUACGAAGCUGUAUGUGGCGAUUGUGGGGAGCCAGGUGGUGUUGGCGGGUGCGUACUUUUUCUACAAGAGGAGGAAGGCUGGUGGGCCCAAGAAGUAUUUGUGAAGGGGGUAACAUAUAUGAGGAUUACCGAAGAGAGCGGGGUGAGAAGAGGACGAAGGUGGAAGGAGGAAAAUGUCUAAGGAGACUAGAGACUUCUCUGGCCCUCGUUGUAAAUAAGAAAUGGGUCUGGCUGCCCGUGGAAGUUCGUUGGAUUGUUUUUUGCAUGGCGUUGUAGCUAGAGUACGUUUGGGUUUUGUGUUCUGUCUUCAGGUGUAGUUGCAGGUUGAAUCGAAUCUGACAGUCAAAAGUACCUACAAGUGCAGUAUUGUAGUUGGACACUAUCAAAUACUAAACCGCUAAGCGUUC